GGAAGGAUAAAGCCGGUGAUUUGGGAAUGAUAAAGGGGCGUUUUUGGCAACGAAAAGUUGUCGUGAGCUUUCUCGACUGUCGUUGUGUUUUAUACGGAUUCCCAUUUCCCAGUCAGUACAUAUAAUGCAGACGGCCAAAUCGGGCAUAUUUACAAUCGAGCCAUUGCGGCGGUGAUUUACUGAUUUUUGAUUCGAGUUGGAUUGGGGUUGAGAGGUGUGGAAUUAGCUAUAGCUUCCUUGCAUCAGAAGCUAUAGUCAUCUAUGAAAUGGGGAGCAGGCCUCACAUGAAGGCGGCUGCAACCACUGGAAUCUCCCCCCGAUGGGUUUCUGUCUUCUGCAUUGUCAGCUUCUGCUUCGGAGUUCUCCUUAUCAACAGGUUGUGGGCUAUUCCUGAUUCAAUAAAAAUGGAUGCUUCAUCAAUGGAGAAACAGCAAUUGCGGGAACCACAGCCUGUGGUUAACUGUGAGAAAAAGGAGGUUUCCAUCCAGGAAGGAGACAUCAUUUCUCAGGUUUCACAGACACAUGAUAUAAUCAUGACUUUAGACAAAACUAUCUCAUCUCUGGAGAUGCAGCUAGCUGCAGCUAGGGCUGCCAGAGCUGAUGACGAGGAAGAAUCUCAUACUGCAUCAAAAGCAGGAACAGAGCAACCAAAACAGCGGCCAAAGGUUUUCUUUGUCAUGGGAAUAAUUACUGCAUUCAGCAACAGAAAGCGCAGGGACUCGAUCAGAGAAACUUGGAUGCCCAAGGGAGAGGAGCUGAACAAGUUGGAGAGAGAAAAAGGAAUUAUAAUACGGUUUGUCAUAGGACACAGUGCAACCCCAGGCGGUGUUUUGGAUCGUAUCAUAGAUGCUGAAAAUGUGCAGCAUAAGGAUUUCCUGCGACUGAACCAUGUAGAAGGAUACCAUGAAUUGUCCACUAAAACCCAAAUAUAUUUUUCGACUGCCGUUGCUAAGUGGGAUGCUGAUUUUUAUAUUAAAGUUGAUGAUGAUGUGCACAUCAAUCUUGGAAUGGUAGGUUCUACUUUGGCCCGCCAUAGGUCAAAACCCCGUGUCUAUAUUGGUUGUAUGAAAUCUGGACCCGUACUGGCACAGAAAGGGGUCAAAUACCAUGAACCGGAGUACUGGAAAUUUGGUGAGGAAGGAAACAAGUAUUUCAGGCACGCAACUGGACAAAUAUAUGCAGUCUCCAAAGAUUUAGCCACCUAUAUUUCAGUAAACCGGCACAUACUUCAUAGAUUUGCAAAUGAAGAUGUCUCUCUAGGUUCAUGGUUUAUUGGUCUCGAUGUUGAGCAUAUUGACGAUCGAAGCCUUUGCUGUGGGACUCCACCUGAUUGCGAGUGGAAGGCACAAGCUGGGAAUCCAUGUGGAGCGUCAUUUGAUUGGAGCUGCAGCGGCGUGUGCAAGUCGGUGGAGAGAAUGGAAGAAGUGCACCAGCGGUGUGGAGAGGGGGAUGGAGCAAUCUGGCACACCAGUUUCUGAUGAAGGCAUUUGCAUUGUAUCAGUGUAAUAUAGUAAAUUUGUGGAUGCACUAUCAGCACACAACAUUUGAUGAGACUCCCCCAUCUGCCCCAUUUUUGCCUAUUUUCUUGAUGCUUCGGGACAGUUGGUGUACAUGCAUGAUUAAUUUAAUUUAAUUUGAUUUAAUUACUUCCA